AUGGUGGAUGGUGUUCAGCUAAGUACUACUUUUUUCAAGGCAGUACUGCUUAGUAAGUUCUUGUUUAAUCUUUUGCCAUUAUCAUCUACAAAUGUGUAUGGAUAUCUUUGGCGCCACUAUGGUAAUUAUACAAAAACCCUUUUUGGUGAAUUAAUGAAAACUCGCAUUGAAAUUUUUCCAACUUUUGUUCAAUUUCGUGUAGCAAUUCCACGUUUAGCCAACUCGAAAACGAUUCGACAAUGUCAGGAUAAUAUUUUACGAGAUGAAUUGCAGUUUAAAAGAGAAUUUUUGCGUCAAGCUGCCAAACACCUGGCUCGGUUGGAUCAAGCAUUGAAAGAAGCGGUGCCACAUAUAAUUUAUGUCCGUUUGAAAUCUAUUUCAACUGAACUUGUCAACAAAAAAUUGAUAAUCAUGCAAAAUAAGCAUAAAAACAAGUUGGAUUAUUUACGUGCUAAAUAUUUUGCUUAUGUUCCUGAACGUCAAACACAAUUGGAUCCGGUGAAAAAUUUGUCCGAUUAUAUUCUGUCUGAAGAUGAACAUGAUGCCCUAGUCAAUGGAUUAAAUCAUGUUUAUGCCCCAGAAAAAUUUAAUCAGCCGCAGUUUGUUUGCGAUAUGGAAUAUUUCUACUCUCGUCUCUUGAAUUUCAAAACUCCAUAUCGCCAUUAUGAAUCGAAACCAGCUCAUCUCAACAUUUCUCAUAAACUAACACCAACAGAAUUAAAUACCGCAUCUGAAAUACGUCAAGCAGCGAAUUCAUUUCAAAAAGCAGCUCAAACCGAACUGAAACACUUUGGAAAAGUGAAUCGUAAAACGUUUACCGCUUUACGUUCACUAGCAAAAAAUAAAUCAAUUGUUAUCAGUCGACCUGACAAAGGGCGUGGUGUAGUAAUUAUGAAUCGAGCGGAUUAUCUUCGAAAGAUGAACUUCGGCGUUGACGUCAAGGAUAUAUCUACACGUAUGUACACGACUGUAUUUUUUUUUAUAUGUAUUCGAAGGAGAGCCGAUAAAGGUAGAAAAUACGAAGGCUAUAUUCGAUUUGGUCACACAUAUACGAAUCAAAAUCUAACGAAACAAGUUGAUCACUUGAAAUCGACGGUUGCUCGGGGCUACCAGCGUGAAGGUGCAAAUGGAACUUAUGUUAUCUUUCAAAUGAACUCUUCAAGAGCCAGCUAA